AAUGGGUAGAGAGAACGUCUUCGCGAGAGGAUGAUGUUGGAAAGAUGUGUAAAGUUGUUCUCGAAAAGUGGAACAAUCUUCCUGAAUACUAUAAGAUUCCGAAGUAUAGUGAAAGAGGUUUAGAACCUCCAAAUUUUGUUAAACCGGUAGAUCCGGAUUCAUUGAAUGCUACGAAAGGAGUCAAAAAAGCCACCGAUAUCAAGAAAACCAUCAAUGUUACGGAUACUAGCGAUACCGAGAGUUCCACAGAGAAAGAAAAAGGAAAAGAAAUUGAAGUUUCGAAAGAUGAGCCGGAGGAAAAAGUUGAAUCAGUACCGGAAUACGAAUACUAUAAUUAUGAGUGCAGUCAUGACUACUACGUUCGCUUCGCGGAUAGCCACUUCCCAUUUCAACAUAUGUCGCAGUUAGAUUACUGGACCAAUCAAGGUCUCGGUCCAUACAAAUCAUUUCGAAAUGACAGAAGUGACCGAAGUGAUGGCGAACCAGGGUCCUCCAAGUACUGGCGAAAUCGAAAUUAUCGAUACAACAAUGGUCAUCAACGUUCAUCACAACCUGCACCACCACCACCUAAGGAACCCGAAUUACCACCACUUGCUCCUAAUUG